UGCCUUGGGACCGUCAGACUAGACCACAGUCAAAAUCUGUCUGCACAAUCUGUCCGUCUUUUGUUUUGCUGUUUUGAUAAGAAAUACAUCUUGUGCUAGAACAGCAUCUCUGCUCCACAGGCAUCACCUCUGCUAUCUCUAACCACUUUGCAACGUGUCUGACGGCUUUUGAAAGGGGCAAAAUGAACGGCACAAUGGAUGGGAACUACGACCACGCUCCUCAUGACGGGUCCUUCAUGUUUACUUCUGAGUCUGUGGGAGAGGGACAUCCUGAUAAGAUAUGUGAUCAAAUCAGUGAUGCGGUGCUAGAUGCUCAUCUGAAGCAAGACCCUGAUGCCAAAGUGGCUUGUGAGACGGUGUGUAAGACAGGCAUGGUGCUACUUUGUGGCGAGAUCACAUCCCGGGCCAAUGUGGACUACCAGAGAGUGGUGAGAGACACCAUCCGAUAUAUCGGUUAUGACAACUCAGAGAAAGGCUUUGAUUAUAAGACCUGUAACGUGCUGGUGGCUCUGGAGCAGCAGUCCCCUGAUAUUGCACAGGGAGUUCACAUCGAUCGUCUAGAGAGUGACAUUGGAGCUGGAGACCAGGGUCUGAUGUUUGGAUACGCCACAGAUGAGACAGAGGAGUGCAUGCCUCUCACUAUAGUCCUCGCCCACAAACUCAACGCCAAGAUGGCUGAACUGAGACGAAACGGUACAGUCCCCUGGCUCCGCCCAGACUCCAAGACACAGGUGACAGUUCAUUAUACCCAGGAAAAUGGUGCUGUGAUUCCCAAGAGGGUCCACACUGUGGUGAUCUCGGUGCAGCACGAUGACUAUGUGAGCCUGGAGGAGCAGAGAAAGUCCUUGAAGGAGAAGGUCAUCAAAGCUGUGGUCCCAUCCAAGUAUCUGGACGAGAACACCAUCUAUCACCUGCAGCCCAGCGGACGGUUUGUGAUCGGUGGACCACAGGGUGACGCUGGAGUGACGGGCAGGAAGAUAAUAGUCGACACCUACGGUGGCUGGGGGGCCCAUGGUGGCGGGGCCUUCUCUGGGAAGGACUACACUAAGGUGGACCGCUCAGCUGCCUACGCCGCCCGCUGGGUGGCAAAGUCUCUGGUGAAGGCCAAGCUGUGCAGGAGGGUGCUGGUGCAGGUGGCGUAUGCGAUCGGAGUAGCUCAACCACUGUCCAUCUCCCUAUUCACCUACGGCUCCUCUCAGAAGAAUGAGAAGGAGCUGCUGCAGAUCAUCAAUAAAAACUUUGACCUCAGACCCGGCAUCAUCGUCAGGGACCUGGAUCUGAAGAGACCAAUCUACCAGAAGACAGCCUGCUACGGACAUUUCGGCAGGAAGGAGUUUCCCUGGGAAGUCCCAAAGAACCUCAACUUCUAGUGUAUCUAUGUAUCAGUGUAUAUGUGUGUGUGUGUGUGUGAGAGUGUGUGUGAGCGUAAAUGAUUUAUAGAUAGCAGUCCUCGUGCUCCUGUAACCCAGUAAGUAAAGGCAGCUGCCAGUGAGCAGGGGAGGGGACGGAGGGAUGGGUCAGGGUGGGGCGCAGAUAAUCUCUGGUCAUUGGGCAGAGGAAGAAGCUUCAUAUGUAAUUUAUGACUAUGUGGCCCCUCAAUAGUAACAAGAAAUAUGAGUGAGCUAUUUGGUAUUUUGUCUCGUAGAUACAGUGUACGGUCAGCGUGCCUGCAGUUUGAUUCACACAGAAGUUGGUUGAGAAAGUUGUUGUCUGCAACUAUUUGGCUUCGAUGUCCAGAAAUAAGAGGAUGACCAAAUUUAAAGGGAGAAUAGCCAUGAACACUUUAGGAGAAACAAUCCAAUAAUCUAUAUUUUUCUUACUCUUUGAUAGAUACUAUACAGUGCUAGUGAGUAUCUGCAGGUUUUACACCUAUUGAUAUAAAGCCUUGAAGAUCUUAAAGUAAUUACAAGAAAGUCUCAAUGGUUUUUAUGAGUCUUGGUGUUUGACUGACACAAACCAACCACAAAACAAAGAUGAGAGAUGAUCUCAGGAGGAGGAGAUAAAGACACUCCAAAGAACUUUUAAAUGUUGUAAAUCAUUUGAAGCAUUUUUACUGCAUCCUGGAUGGAUCAUUUGAAACCUGUAAAGGUGUUGGCACUUCUUUUCUUUUUCUCUACCUUUUUCACAGCUCUUGUUGUAAUGGUUUUCAUUAAGAAAUAUGGACCUCCUCCUAGGUCCAUAAAAUGUUGUUUUGGCUAUUUGAUAUUAAAACACUGAAUUUCA